GUGACCCCUUUACCAAAUUAAAUUAUUAACAAGAUCCAAUCAUGAAUACACCCCUUUUAUUUCCUCUUUAUACUCUUAUCUUAUGGCUGCUAGCUGCUUCAAUUUUCGGUGACUGCAUAUGAAUUAUGCAAACUCGAACCAUGUGUUUUUCAGCAUGUUUCUCCUGUAAUGUCCUGGAACUAUUGAGUAUUUUUGUUGAAUUUUGGCAAAAAAAAUUAAAUCUUGGAGUCAAGUCAAUGUCUGUAACUACCUCAAAUGCUUCUUGGAAGUCCAGCGAUCCAGUUUCGGAUCAGUUUCCGGCGGGUUUGAGGGUUCUCGUCGUCGAUGAUGACAAUACUUGUCUUAGGAUUAUGGAAAAGAUGCUUAUGAAUUGCUGCUAUGAAGUUACGAAAUGCAGCCGAGCUGAGGUAGCGCUGAAGUUACUUAGGGAUAACAAGUAUGAAUUUGACAUUGUUAUAAGCGAAGUCCACAUGCCGGAGAUGGAUGGUUUUAAGCUUUUGGAGCACAUUGGAUUGGAGAUGGAUCUGCCAGUCAUCCUGAUGUCGGCGGAUGUUAGCAAAAGUGUUGUGAUGAGAAGUGUCACUCAUGGUGCUUGUGACUAUCUGAUAAAACCGGUUCAGAUGAAGGAAUUGAAGAACAUAUGGCAGCACGUGAUUCGUAAGAAGAAGUAUGAGUGUAAGGAAAAGGAUAUGGAACAGUUUGGAAGCAUGGAAGAAAGAGAUUGGCAGCACAAGCCUACGGAUGAUGCUGAGUACUCCUCUUCAGCUUACGUAGGGAAUUGGAGAAGUUCGAGAAAGAGGGAAGAGGAUGAGGACGAUGGUGAUGACAAGGAUGAUUCAUCUACAUUGAAGAAACGUGUCAUUUGGAGUAUUGAGCUGCACCAGCUAUUUGUAACCGCUGUUAAUCAACUUGGAAUCGACAAUGCUGUACCAAAGAAAAUAUUGGAAUUAAUGAAUGUCCCGGGCCUCCCUAUAGAGAAUGUUGCAAGCCACCUUCAGAAAUAUCGUCUUUAUCUUAGAAGGAUUGCUCAACAGCCCCAGAAUGGGCUUGGGAGCUCUUUUCUUAGAUCCCACGCAUGCAGAAUUUGGCCGAUAAGUUCGCUCAACGGCCCCUAGAUCUUCAAGCUCUUGCUGCUUCAGCUCAUAGUCUAUAUAUAUACUUAGUAGUUGUAAUUGAUACUCCAUGAAGGGUAUCAUUCAUGGUGCUUGUGACUAUCUGAUAAAACCGGUUCGGAUGGAGGAAUUGAAGAGCAUAUGGCAGCACUGUGGUUCGUAAGAAGAAGUAAUAUGAGUGGUAAGAAUCUUAUAUGAACACCAUCUAUCUAUAAUCAUGAACCUGAUCUAAUAGAAGCAUGAAGUAUUGCAACUUCUGUUUAGAGUUCAUCAAAUAAAACAUUGUGACAUGAAACACAUUAAAUGAAGUUUAGGGUGUUUUUGAAUUGAA